CUGACACAGUAACCUGUGCGCUACUGUGCUCCCGCUGCUCCCCUUCCAGAAACAUUGUGAGGAAAGAAAACAAACCUGCAUGGAUGGACCUAUUACUUUCAAACAUAUUUUAGUAUUCAUAGUGAACUGAAACGUUUCGGAUUUCGCGACUGAGCUGAAUGUUUCAGUCCUUCGCGCAGAAGGGAACGCGGAUUCCUCCCGCAGAGAAUCAAAGUCUCUCAAACGCACCGUUUAGCUGCACAAACAUGGAUGUUCUGGCCAAUUACAGUAUUUUUCAAGAACUUCAACUUGUUCAUGACACUGGCUACUUCUCCGCGAUGCCGUCUCUGGAGGAAAACUGGCAGCAGACAUGUUUGGAGUUGGAACGCUAUCUGCAGACAGAACCCAAACGGCUGUCCGACCUUUUUGACGAGGAACUAGACGGCCUCCUUACCCCCUCCUUCAUGAAGGAAGAUGCAGAUGAAGACCUGUUAGACCCCCUCCUUCCCAGCCUCAACAACCCCCCCAGUCCUCCUCCUCCUCCUCGUAAAGAACCCCUCUCCUCCACUUCCUCUACUGUGACCACUCCAGACAUCACCUUAGGGGUCAACGCAGCCCAGCUGAACGCAGUCACCUCCCUAACACCUCCCUCGUCCCCAGAACUGGGCCGUCACUUAGUCAAAUCCACCCACACACUCAGUGCCUCACCCGACGGGACCCUCACGCUCAAGCUAGUGGCCCGGAAGGUGGGCUUGAGUUCUGCCAAGCUCGUGGCGGCCCACCCGGUGCCGCUUUCUCCCCAGCACGGCAGCAGCGGCGCACAGAGUGACGGGGAACAGGGUGGCACCUGCACCGUGGGAGCUGGCGAGAUGGCUGAGAACAAGAAGAGGGUCCAUCGCUGCCAGUUCAACGGGUGUCGGAAGGUCUACACCAAGAGUUCACAUCUGAAGGCGCAUCAGAGGACACAUACAGGGGAGAAGCCGUACAAGUGCUCAUGGGAAGGCUGUGAAUGGCGGUUCGCGAGAAGCGACGAGUUGACGAGGCACUACCGAAAACAUACCGGCGCCAAGCCGUUCAAGUGCAAUCACUGCGACAGGUGUUUCUCUCGAUCCGAUCACUUGGCACUGCACAUGAAGAGGCACAUCUGAGGAGGAGGAGGUGGCAAAAUGGCGAGGUGGAGGAAGAGACGGAAGGUAGAGGGAGAGAAGGAGAGGGAUUAUGGGAAGGAGCCGGAUACCACUCAGGCCGUUCGCUCAUCCCACCAGAAAGAGAGGCCCCCCGUAGGGGAACCAAUCAGCACGGGCUGAACUUAGACCAGGUCUUGAGGUUUGGUCAGCCACAUCUGACCAUGAGGACGUAAAUUCGGAGGUCUACGGAUCUGAGAAGGUGGUACGACAACUUAUGUCACUUAAAGACAAUGUGCUUCAGUAGGUAUUUGCCUAUUUGCCUGACUCAAUUUAGUUACUACUAUUGCGUUACAAUUUAAAGCUUUCGUCAGUUUUACAUAGAGUACGUCUUACAACGAUUGUCAAUUACCAAUGCACCUGAUUUGAUUUACUGCACCGCGUGGGACGCGUCCCGAAUGCAUCUCCUCGAGAACCUUUGGAGAACAUCGUAGCGAUAGGACGCCAAUCCAAAGAGAUGGAUUUUUUGUUGUUGUUUCUUUCCCAUUCUGAGCAAGGAUUAUCUUUCUGCUUUGAUCCCGCCAAUCCACAGCCAAGAUCUAAAGUGGAACGUCAUCCAUCGAAGGCGAAGUGGAAUCACCCAUCGCUCAAAUGUGAAUCUGAUUGGGGGCAGUGGAGGAAACGCUCUUACCUUCUUCGUUCUCUCUUUCACGCCCCUCCCUGCCAACCAACCGCUGCGCAGCGACACUUUCAGACUUUUUAUAAAGUAAAAAAAAAAUAAGGAAGAGAUCUUUUUGAAUGAUGACUGUGUUAUAUAAUUCAGAAGACUUCUUUUUGGCUUUUCUCCUGUGGAUGUGUACAAAUUAGAAAAAGAAAUAAAAAAAAAAAACGGACCAAAAAAAACUGCCAUAUGCACAAGAGUGAAGAGUAGUGGAUUCUACACUGGCACAGAACGCAUCUGGAGUGGACUUCUAUUUCUAAUGAAAGCAAACUUUUAGUGGCGAAAAAAAAAAGAAAAGAAAAGCAAUGUUGUUGUUGCACACGUUUUGAGCAUUCCUCAACAUUAUUUAUGACCCAUGAAACGUUAUCCCAUAAACUUGGGUUCCUUCGGGAUUUCUAGGACUAGCAUGAAAUGAGAAAAGCACUAUGGUUUUAUCUGCGGACUUCACAACAGAAUAAUGACUUCCAUCAUUCAAGGCAGAGAUUUGCAAUCACAACGUUUAGAUUUUGUAAAUGCAUCACAGUAGGUCUCGAAAAACUGUCCGGACAGACAUUUACCAUCUGUUAUUUUAGUUUGCACGGACGGAAGCAUCAUAUGAAAGGUGUGCAUUGUGUUUCACAAGUGACAUCUACAUGUUUAGACUGUGUGAUGGGUUUUUUUUCUACACACUGCAUAUCUGCCUUGUGUUCCUGGUAAAAACGGCUGUACAGUGUGAAAAUUGUAUAGUAAAAGUGAGGUUUAAAUUACAACGUACAAUCAAGUGUGGGAUGGAAAGUGUUCCUGAAUGUAAGCUUGUUUGAUUGUGGACGGCCCUGCACUUAUGCAAUCAUUCAGAUCACUGAAAGGCCUGAUCUGCUCAAGAUCCCACUGUGGCUCAUGCAUGAAGAUCUACACAAAUGCUUGUUGGUGAAGGGAUAUUUCACAUAAAAUGAGAAAUCUGUCAACGUUUACUCACCCUAACGACUUUCUUUCCUUGUUGGAAUGCAUUAGAUGUUUAGAAGAACAUCCAUAGUGUUUUUUCCUACAAUGAAAAAUGGAAAUGGAGGCUGUCAGACUCCAAAAAAUGACAUGGUAACACCAUAAAAGUAGUUUAUAAUGUGACUAGUUCGAGAUUUGUGUGAGAUGGACCAAAACUCGUUAUUCACAUGUCUUACUUUCUGCAGUAGCUCUUGAAUCUCAUUCUCACUUCCAUACUUUCAAAAUGGCAACAAACAAUUAUUAGAUAUGGAAAAGCAUCAGCUUUAGGACUUCAAAAGUAUCUUCAUGCAUAAAGUUUGCAUGAACAGAGCUAUAAUACUAAUUUUGUGUUUCAUUUAUUAUAAAAUAAGUUGUUUGGCUUUGGACCAAUAUGAGGGUCAGUAAGUAAGUAGGGUUCAUUUUUGCGUGAGCUAUCCCUUUUUCAACAACCUGUUUCAGAGGUUUUAUGCUCAAGAUAGAUCCCACUGUGGCUCAUGCAUAAAGAUCUGCACAAAUGCUUGUUGUAGAAGGAAUAAUUCACAUGAAAUGAGAAAUCUGUCAUCGUUUACUCACCCUAAUGUCAUAACAAACCAGUAUGGCCCUCUUUUCUUGGUGGAACACAGAAGAUGUUUAGAAGAAUGUCCAUAGUGCUCUUUCUUCUACAAUGAAAAAUGGAAAUGGAGGCUGUCAAACUCCAAACAUGGCAUGGAGGCACCAUAAAAAUAGUCUUUAAUUUGACUGUAUUUCAAGACUUGUGUGAAACAGACCAAAAUUUAGCUCAUUUUUCACAAGUCUUACUUUCUGCAGUAGCUCUUGAAUCUCAUUCUCACUUCCAUACUUUCAACAAACAAUUACAAGACAUGGAAAAAGCAUUGGCUUUAGGACUUCAAAAGCAUCUUCAUGCAUAAUGUUUGCAUGAACAGAGCUAUAAUACUUAAAAUUUCAGAUUUCAUUUAUUAUAAAAUAAGUUGUAUGGCUUUGGACCAACAUGAGGGUCAGCCAAUUACAAUUUUCAUUUUUGUGUGAACUAUCCCUUUUCCAACAACCUGUUAUAGUGGUUUUGUGCUCAAGAUAGAUCCCACUGUGGCUCAUGCAUGACGAUCUACACAAAUGCUUGUUGUACAAAGAAUAAUUCACAUGAAAUGAGAAAUCUGUCAUCGUUUACUCACCCUAAUGUCAUAACAAACCAGUAUGGCUUUCUUUCCUUAAUGGAACGCAGAAGAUGUUUAGAAGAAUGUCCAUAGUGCUCUUUCUCCUACAAUGAAAAA